AAUUGGGCCCAGGGAAGGGGGGGAGUAUCCCUGGAAUAGAGAAUUCCCCGGGAUAAAUGGGCCUCCAGAACGCCAAGCCCUCAAUGAAGGGGGCCAACGUCGUGAUGCUGGGGCUGGACUCUGCGGGGAAAUCCACGCUGCUCUACAAGUUCAGGUACAACGAUGCUUUUAUAACAAUGCCAACGAUCGGCUUCAAUGUGGAUAUGAUUGAAGCAGGGAAAGAUUUCACACUGACAUUCUGGGAUGUUGGAGGACAGAAGAAAAUGAGAGAGCUCUGGAGCAAUUUCCUGGAAGACGCCGGCGUGCUGCUGUACGUGGCGGACAGCUCUGACAAGCGGCGGCUGGAGGAGUCCAGGAGGGAACUUGAGCUCAUUUUAAAGAAUGAAUCCAUAAAAAACGUCCCGGUGGUCGUGCUGGCGAACAAGCAGGAUUUGCCUGGAGCCCUGAACGCCGAGGAGAUCACCAGGAAGCUCAAGAUGAAGAAGUACUGCAGUGACAGGAACUGGUACGUGCAGCCCUGCUGUGCCAUCACGGGAGAGGGGCUGGCAGAAGCUCUCCAGAGGGUGGCCACGUUUGCCAGGCAGUACAAGAAGUCAAAGGAGACUUUCAUCACCCUGAAGGAACUCAACUCUUUUUAAGGAUUUCUGUCAUCCACUUCUGGUGACUCUUUGUUGGACAGAUUAAAUCUGGAAUA